ACUAUUAUCAGCACACAAACUCGCCGCCGCCUGUGGGGAUCGAGAUCGAACCCACGACCACAUGGUUAAAAGCCACGCGCUCUACCACUGAGCUAAGACGGCUUUUGUUGAUGUCUUCUAUAAACAAACUAAAUGUCAGUAAAUUAAGUGCGUCAUCUAGUACUCUCUUCUAAAGACACGAUUCUUCUUCCGCGGUCCCUUGACCCAAAACUUCCAGAACUUAUAUAUUCCUUGUCCGCCACCAUUGCCAAAAACCAAAACCUCAACUUUGCGUAUUCUUCAAAAAUACAUAGAGCAGAAGAGAAGCUUUAUCGGGAAAUAGUCAAAAUACCCCCGUUGAUUAGUUAUUGAAAAUGGCGGCGCCGAAGGAGCAGAUAAUGGAUGUGAGGUCAGUGGUGGAAGCAGUUGCAGCAGUCGGAGACGAUCUUGAGAUUGAUACUCCACUUUAUGUCGUCGAAAGCCUAUGUAUGCGAUGUGGUGAAAAUGGUACAACAAGGUUGCUCUUAACACUGAUUCCGCAUUUUAGAAAGGUACUAUUGUCAGCGUUUGACUGUCCACAUUGUGGUGAAAGAAAUAAUGAAGUGGCGUUCGCUGGUGAAAUUCAGCCUCGAGGAUGUUGCUAUAGACUUCGUGUUCCGUCAGGUGAUCAAAAGAUGCUUGACAGAACAGUUGUGAAGUCUGAAAGUGCUACCAUCAAGAUACCUGAACUGGAUUUUGAGAUCCCCCCUGAGGCUCAGCGUGGAUCGUUGUCAUCGAUAGAAGGCAUACUGGUUCGAGCUGCCGAUGGUUUGGAGGCUCUUCAAGAUGAACGGAAGAAAGUGGAUCCCCAGGUGGCUGAAGCAAUAGAUCAGUUCUUGAUAAAACUGAGAGCAUGUGCUUCAGGAGAUUCAUUCUUUACUUUUAUUCUUGAUGAUCCUGCUGGUAACAGCUUCAUUGAGAACCCGUUAGCUCCAUCUCCUGAUCCCUCAUUGACAAUCACAUUCUAUGAGCGGACUCCUGAGCAACAGGCAGUUUUAGGGUAUCUUGCUGAUCCAUCACAGCUUGGAGGACAAAGUGAUGAGGCAUCAAAUGAGGGGAUAAAUAGUGUUCCUCAUCGACUGCUAAAGGAACCACAUGGAUCAGUUGGGGCAAGAGCAGGACGUCAGGCUAUUGCUCAGGGUAACAGUGCAGAAAUGACUGAAGUUCUUUUUCGAUAUUCUGCUCCUGAAGAGGUGAUGAUAUUUCCAUCAACUUGUGGAGCAUGCAUGGGGAAGUGUGACUGUAAAAUGUUUGUUACCAAUAUUCCGUACUUUCAAGAAGUAAUAGUUAUGGCAUCCGCUUGUGAUGCUUGUGGUUAUCGGAACUCUGAGCUGAAACCUGGUGGUCCUAUAUCUGAAAAGGGAAAGAAAAUUACACUUCAUGUGGAAAACAUUAAAGAUCUAAGCCGGGAUGUGAUUAAGUCAGAUAGUGCCGGAGUAGAAAUUCCCGAGCUUGAGUUAGAGCUUGCUAGUGGCACUUUGGGUGGAAUGGUGACAACAGUUGAGGGUUUAGUCACAAAGAUUAGCGAAAGUCUUGAGAGAGUACAUGGAUUCACAUUUGGCGACAGUCUUGAGGAAGACAGGAAGAAUAAGUGGUUGGAUUUCCGAGCAAGACUAGACAAGCUUUUGAGCUUGAAACAACCUUGGACAUUGAUCAUCAAUGAUGCACUUGCAAAUUCUUUUGUUGCACCUGCAACCGAUGAUAUCAAGGAGGACAAACAGUUGACAUUUGAAGAGUAUGUCAGAUCGUGGGAGCAAAAUGAGGAAUUGGGUCUUAAUGACAUGGACACCACCUCGGCCGAUGCUGCUUACAGCUCAGCAGAUGCUGCACCCCGCAAGAGUGCUGGUGAUUGAUGGUUUUGUGCUUAGCGGUAUUCGUUUAAAAUGUAAUGUUUGAGCUUUCCUUUUGUCCCAAUAUGGUUCUGUUUCUCCACUUUGAUUAGAUUUUGCGUGUCGUCUUUCUUUUAGCUCUAGAUGUAAAAAUUAUUCCCAAGCGAUGGGGUUUAUACAGCCUUUAUAUCAGUUUAAAUUUUAUAUAACUUCAAAAUUUAGUUCA